CGCGUCACUAAUGAUGGUCCGAUAUAGUCGUCUUUCAGCGAUCGCAGUCACCUGCUGAAGACCGAACUCACCACACAUCCCCAACCGGGUGCCAGGAUGUUGCAGGUCAAAGUUCACACUGAAGAAGGAUCGACGAAGAAUUUCUCUAGGAGUGUGUUUCUAGAGGUGCUAUUUGUGAUUGUGGAUUUUGUAAAAGUGCUCUGCUAUGCAGUACCGAUAUUGGCAAUGCAUAUUUUUCGGACGUUUAUCCCACCAAAGUUGAAAGAUGUUUCAGGUCAAACUGUGCUGAUUACCGGCGGAGGCAACGGUCUUGGGAGGGCCCUGGCAUUAAACUUUGCCAGCAGAGGCUGUAACGUCGUCGUCGUCGAUAUUGAUUUAGCGGCGGCAGAACAAACAUGUGCUGAGCUGAGGCGGAAUCGAGUGGAUGCUUACGCCUAUCGAGUUGAUGUGUCGUCAUACGAACAAGUGGAAGCUUUGGCUAUCGAUUUACACAAAAACGUUGGGCCGGUAGAUAUUCUGGUCAACAACGCCGCGUUGGUGUAUUUCGAUUUCCUGCACAAUACCAGCGUAGAAAUGGCGAACCGGACCAUCGAUAUUAACAUCAAGUCGCAUGUGUGGACCACCAAAGUAUUCCUGGAAAAAAUGAUGGAACGAAAGAGAGGUCACAUAGUAGCUAUUUCGUCCAUGUCCGGUAUGUACGCGUUCCCCUGGGCCGUUGUGUACUCUACUUCAAAGUAUGCCGUGAAUGGGUUCAUGGCUGCAGUCACCGAACAGUUGCGCCUGCAAGGCUACGGUGACCAUAUUCAAACAACCUGCGUGUGUCCGUACUAUAUCGCCACUAGGAAGGAUAUUGUAGAAUUUUUGAAGAAACCCCGAUUUAAACUGCUUACCACGGAGCAUACGGCACGAGUAAUCAUUGAAGGAAUUCUACGGAACGAAGUGAUUCUUGCGAUACCGCCGUUCUUUGAUCUGGGAGUUAGGUUCAUGCAAUUGUUUCCAGUAAAAAUACAACAGUUGGUGCGAGAUUAUAUUAUAAGAGAGUAUGAAUUGAAUUCUUCUUGAGGUGUGUAUGUUAUGAUGCUAGCGAGUACAAAAAUCGUCCUUAUAGUUAGGAAAAUAUCGAUAUCAUUGAUCAACGUAUUUAUUUUUUGAUGAAGAAACCUGAAAUAAAGAUGCUUA